AUCCCUCUUACCGACUCUCACUCUCUUAUGGCCACCGCUUCUUCCCCAUUCCGUCGCCUCCUCUCUUCCUCCCCGCUUGAACCAUCUCCCCCCGCAGCUCGCGCUUCCCCGCGGCUCCUACCGGUCGAUCUCGUUCCCUCUGAACACUUCUUCCCCCCAUGUCCGAUAAUUUCCCUGCCGCGCCAGCCGCGGACGGAUCCUCCUUCCUGGAAGACGACUGCCAACCCCUGCCCGCCGACCCUCCCCCCGGAAGACCUGCUUCCGACGCGCCUGCAACUCCCGCUGCGCUCCGCCGCCGUAGAGAGGAGGAGGAGCGGAAGAAGGCUGGGAUGGUGAUCACCUCGAUCGUCCAGUCCCCGCUUCCUUCGUAGCUGCCACGGUGAGGGCUCCGCUCCAUGUGGGAGCUCGCCGCCGUCCUCAACUGCCUCCAUGUUCCUGGCUUUGGAAAUGAUCUCUCAUCCGGUAGCAUUUUUAGGGUAUAUCUGCUGGCAAUCCCUCCAGUUUCUCGCAUUGCGAUAGGGCAUUCAACCUGGGUUACAGCACUCUGCAGCAACUUAAGAUUGGUGGCACUGUGUCACUGAUGGGGACAUACCAAUUAUUGCAUCCCAUGGGUGAGUUCUUUGUAUCUAUGGAGUCUAAGACACUUAAAAACAUAUCCAUCUGAUAAUACUGAUGAACUCUGACUGUUAAGUUUUGCAGAAAGAAGAUCGAGACAUAUGACUCUUGGUCCUAACCCACAUAUGCUAAUUUCUAAAGCACUAUGUAGCAUCCGUGUUGAGCAAGAAGACAUUCAAAAUCUUAUUGAUGAUUCAUUAAAAAUGAGGCAUUCAACUCUUGCAAAGCAAGGAUUGGUGAUCAUUAACAUUGGAUUUCUUAUUGGUACGAAGAUGAUCCAACUGUUGGCCAUCCAUUGUACUGUGAAAUUAGACAGGUUGAGGUAAAGAAGGUGAAGGCAAAGGGAUUGUCAUUUGCUUCACAUAUAUCUUUCCAGAGGGUAACUGUUACAACCAACAUGGAUAAAUUCCAAGAAGUUUCAGUAAAAUUUUCUCAAAGUAGAAGUGGAACGGAAUCCUCUCUUGGGAAGAAAUUAAAGUUUGAAUUUCUGCUGGAGAUCAAGAAAAUUCACAAAGUAUGGGAUUCUUUGCACCUUAGUACUUAUGCUUUUAGUCUCAUUUUACAUGGCAUGGUUAACCUUAAAUUAGUCUUUGGUAAUUCAAAGCCAAUAAUUUUUCUAUUUCUGUUGUACUUUGGGCAUUCAAACAUAAGAAAGAGAGGCUGUUGAAAAAGCAACACAGAGAAGCUCUCCUCCCAGGCAGCUUUGUGACUCCAGAUGGAGCUUCCUCAGGCCGCUUCCUUUGUGAUGGAAAGCCUGUCAUGUAUACUUUGGUUUAUCCUAUUUCUACUAUAUUAAGUUUAAUAAUUUUCUACUUUGAUGCUCUAAUAAAUAAUGAAGAAUAUGUAUAUAGAAUGGUUUCCACCUACAUGUUUUACCUUCCUAGAGCCAUGAAACAUGUUGGAAGAGUAUGAUUUUGUGCUUCUCUAAUGGUGCUGAAUAUCAUUGAAUUCAAGAAUGUGUUUAUAAAGAGAUUUGGUAGUUGACAUGUUCUACGAGUGUUUACAGAUUAGUUGAACUUGCUUCUCUAGGUAUACUGUGGAUCACAUGGAAAAGCUCUUUUUGCUUGUGUUUUUUUAUUUUUCUUUGAAAGGUAGCUUGCAGUAUUUUUAAAAUGUUAUUUUUCUUACUAAGCUAAGCACCGAGGAUUUUAUAAUGGAAUGACAGAGGGCUGAAAAUGGUUUUAGGAGCUUUCAUAUGUUUACUUCUGUCUAAAUUUGAGGUAGGUACUUCUGCUCAGGAUUUUGUGGGUGGUGGAUAUUAGUGUUAUUGAUCUCUGAUUAGUUUAUUUUGAUUGGUUUUUUUUGAAUCUUAUUAUUUGGUUUCUAAAUUUCUGCUAAUCCUGAUUAGUUCUGUUAUCGUCUUUGUAUAUUUCAUUGAUUUGAUGUACAUAGCUAAAUUAUCUAAACAGGGCAUAACUAAAUAUUUAACCUGAAAAAGUCUAUUCCUGUGAAUGUUUGACAUAUAAAAAAUGUCCAAAUCCUAAAAGGUGGAUAUUGGUUAUUAAUGAUUGUUUGAAUUGUAGUUUCUUUCGGUUUUCUCUUAAUGAUUUCUGGCCAAACUCAAAUUAGUAGUAGUUUCAUGUUAAACAAUUUUUCAGAUGACUAAGAUCACACGAUCAAUGAAGCUAUCAAAAUAACCAAACAUUUAUACAGUCUCUUUUUUUUUUUCUCAUUUAUGUUCUGCAUCUUGUUUAUUUCUUGAUGAGGCUUCUCCACCGAUUUCUAAUGCUUCAGUCUUAUGUGAUAUGUUUUAGGAAAAGACAAUGCUCAGCUGUGAGUGUCGUCAGGAGAUCAGUCAUUGGGAGGCCUGAUGUCUCAACCAAUGGUAAAUUGAAUGGCUGUUGGCAAAUGGAUCUGGUUAACAAUGAUACAAGGUGCCCAAAAUCAAAUUACUAUGAAGAAAUUAAUAUCAAACAUCAGGAUGAGCCUCUUGACCACAGCAAUAGGUGGAGGAGAAGGCCUCAGAAAUAUUUGGAAAAAGGAUUUUGUGGAUACUGUUUCUGAUAUUGAUGCAGGCUUCAACUGUGAUGAUGACAUUCUAGGAGAAGCAGUAUAUGAUGAGGAAUAUCUGAGAAGUCAAAAGCAGCAAAAGGUGUCAAGUUGGCCAGAGGGGGAUGAGGAGUUCCGUUGGAAGGAAGAUGAGAUAGAGGAGGAACAUUCCUCGAGCACUAGUGAGAUUUGGAGGAUCAACGCUAUUACGAAAGGUUUCCUGGUCGAACUAGGCAGGAAACAAAAAAAUUGAGAUCAGUUGAUGAGCUCUAGACAGCCGUAAGAUGCAGCAACAGAGCUGUGUGACCAUGUAUAGAUUGCCUGCAGUAUGAGCUAUCAGAUAUAGAUACAGAUUCCGCAAAGUCUAAUGAGUCAGAUGCAACAGACAAAUUCUGGUGCAUCUGAUAAUUUAGAACUCUCAACAGCAAGUUAAGUUUCUCAGGAAGAAGAAGACAGUAAAGAAAUAACGUAUAACAAAAUGAGUCCCAUAUUGACCAACCACACUGAGGCUGCAGAUAAAGAUCGGCAACCAGUUGUGCAUAAGACGGACAGCAUCGGGGAGGAAGCAGAUAAGCCCCAAAGAAUAAGGUUCGUAGACCUGAAUGAGCUCGCCCCAGGAACGAGUUCUGAUGAUGGCCCGAGUAUUAGGGACUAAGACCAGGAAGAUUUUUAGGCAGGUCUGUUGAAGAGAACAGAUUUCUAGAUGUAACUGUCGCCUCUUUUUUUCAUUCAGAGGCGCGAUGCCAAGUUAGAUCUGAGAGGAUGUUUACCCAUGUACCGAUUUUAAUCAAGAAGAUGGUCCUUACCGUGACCAUCUAAAUUCUACAUGUACUUCGGCAGAAUUCAAGAUAUGUUAGAUGAGAUCAGUUCAAACAUGGCGGUUUGAUCAUAAUCGCACGUCACUCGCGCCUACGUCAUCCAAGAUGGACGCGCGUGAGACUGCCAGCGAAGGGUGAGAUCAGAGGCUGCGUCUUCCUUGCUUUCUGCUCUCUUGCAACAAAUGCAUGCGUUGACGGAGACAGCGUUCGGCCUUUCGCCCCCGGCUUUCGGCCCGGGCCGUGGAUACACCUGGCAUUGUGGUGGUCCCGCUACCAAUGCGUGGGAAGAAUUCAUGUGAAUCCUGUGCGAGGCCGGCAUCUCAUCCGCUCCCGAUGCCUGCGUUUUCUUCGUCGAACCGACACAAGUGGAAGACGAGGAGUCUUCGAAUCACUCCGAUCUUUAUGAAGGGCUGCCGGUGAUCCGAGUAGCCACUGCGUUCUCCCACCAUGGCGAGGAUGAGCGAUCGGUUGGCGAGCUUGGGCUCGCUCGCGGCCAGCCUCAUGGUGGUCUAUGCCAUCAUCCGCCGCUACCUCCCCCUCCACCUCCUCGAGCACUCCCUCACCAAGCACACCUUCCGCCUCUUUGCCUCCGUCUACCCCUACGUCCGGAUCACCAUCUCCGAGUUCUCCGGCGACCGCCUGAAGCGCAGCGAGGCUUACACCUCCGUCGAGGCCUACCUCAGUGGCUCCUGCUCGCAGCGCGCCAACAAGCUCAAGGCCGAGCUCGGCGCCGGCUGCGACAGCCUCACCCUCAGCAUGGACGAGCACGAGGAGGUCACCGACGACUUCGAGGGCGCCAAGCUCUGGUGGACCUCCGUGGCGCGCACUCCCCGCUCGCAGACCGUAUCCUUUUUCCCGGAGGCCGAGGCGCGGCGGCACUACCGGUUGACCUUCCACCGCCGGCACCGGGAGCUCGUCAUCGGAUCGUACCUCGCCCACGUCUUGCGAGAGGGGCGCGAGGUCAGGCGCCGCCGCCGGCAGCGCAAGCUCUACACCAACAUUUCCGGCAGUAGGUCGUACGAGUACAGGAAGACGAUGUGGAGCCACGUCGUGUUCGAUCACCCGUCGACCUUCGACACACUCGCCAUGGAUCCCGGCAAGAAGGAGGACAUCAUGGACGACCUCAUCGCCUUCCGCAACGGCAAGGACUACUACGCCAGAAUCGGCAAGGCGUGGAAGCGGGGUUACCUCCUCUACGGCCCCCCCGGCACCGGCAAGUCCUCCGCUAUCGCCGCCAUUGCCAACUUCCUGGACUACGACAUCUACGACCUCGAGCUGACCUCCGUCAAGGACAACACCCAGUUGAGGAAGCUGUUCAUCGAGACCACCAGCAAGUCCAUCAUCGUCCUCGAGGACGUUGACUGCUCGCUGGACCUGACGGGUAAGCGGAAGCCCAAGAGGAAGAAAGAGGUCGAAAGCGGAGACAAGGGCAAGCCGCCGUUGCUGCCGGAGAAGGAGGACAAGGAGGAGAGCAAGGUGACGCUCUCCGGGCUUCUCAACUUCAUCGACGGCCUGUGGUCGGCCUGUGGCGGCGAGAGGCUCAUAAUAUUCACCACAAACCACCUGGAGAAGCUGGAUCCGGCGCUGAUACGGCGGGGGAGGAUGGACAAGCACAUCGAGAUGUCGCACUGUGGAUUCGAGGCGUUCAAGGUGCUGGCGAAGAACUACGUGGGCGUCGACGCGCACCCGCUGUUCGAGGCCGUCCGGCGGCUGCUGGAGGAGGUCAAGAUGACCCCGGCGGACGUGGCAGAGAACCUGAUGCCCAAGUCUGCGGAGGACGACGCCUCGUGUCUCGGGAGGUUGGUUCGAGCGCUGGAAAUGGGCCGGCCGGGAGCAGCGGCCAAAGUCGAGGACGGCAGUAGCGGGGAUGAGACCGCCGAGAGUGAGCUGACGAGUUAAUUUCGAAGGUAAUAAAAAAUAGACAUUAAUGUCGGAUUUCUAUC